GCCCAAGGGAGGAAGGCAAAACUCAGGCAGAGGCACUGCAGGAAUCCCAACAGACCCACACACCAUGUUCUACAUGCAUUUGCUCGUGAACAGGCGUGGGCCGCUGGCCAAGAUCUGGCUCGCUGCCCACUGGGAGAAGAAGCUCACCAAGGCUCACAUCUUCGAGUGCAAUUUAGAGACUACCAUUAAAAGGAUCGUUUCGCCAAAGUUUACAAUAGCUCUGCGCACCUCUGGGCACUUACUGCUGGGAGUGGUGCGGAUCUACCACAGGAAAACAAAAUACCUCCUGGCAGACUGCAGUGAAGCUCUGACAAAAAUGAAGACAGCCUUUCGUCCAGGACUUGUUGACCUCCCAGAAGAGAGCUGUGAGGCUGCUUAUCAGUCCAUUACAUUGCCUGAAGAAUUUCAUGAUUUUGAAACAACGCUACCUGAUCUAAAUGCCAUUGAUGUUGCUGAGCAUUUUACCUUGAAUCAGAGCAGAGCUGAAGACAUCACACUUAAAGAGGAUUAUGAAAGCAAUGUACUUCUCUGUGAUAGGAGCUUUGAUGAGGAAUCAGAUGCGCUGAGGAAACAGAGCUGCUUCGAUGUGAGCCUCCUGAGGAGCAGCUGCAGCCUCGUGGCCGAUCGCAGCUCUGCAAGCGUGAGUGGAGACCAGGCUGCUGAGCGUGAGGGCUGGCGCCGCUGGGAGCAGGACUGCUUCGGGGAUGAGGAGGCUGGAGCAGACAUGAUUGAAAUCCUACUGAGGGAUGAACAAAAUAGCCUAACUAAUGGCAUUCUUGAUAUGGAAGAAGAACUUCCUUUGUCACACGACCUGCAGGAGAGCAGCACAGCAGCCAAGUCCAAGCAUGCAGACACUGCAGUGAAGACAGAAGGUCAUCUCAUGAACGAAACAAUGCUUUUGCCUAAAGAAGAAGAAGGGUUUGUGCUUGAGCCAGUUGAUGAUACAGAUUUCAACCAGAGGAAAAGCAAUAAAAGGAAGAGGAAGUUGCUUGUGGAUGCAGACAAGGAGCUCAGCUGCCAUGCUAUAUACCACCAGCUUAACAACAGCCUGGGCACCCUUGUUGCAUUAGACCUCGCACCUCCAACUAAACAAACAAUGAUGUGGAAAGAAUCAGGAGGAGUGGAAACACUCCUGUCCCAGCCUGCACAGCUUUUGUUUCAUGCUGAGCUGCAAAUGUUCUUUGCAAAAUGCUUCAAGAGAGGUAGAUUUGAAAUGAGAAGAAAUGUAACACAGAUGGAGACAGAAAAAGCAAAGGAGGAGCAAGAUGCCACAGAGGUGCUGAUAACAGAUGAGUCGAGUUACCUGCAGGAGUUGGACUGCUCCGAGGCUGAGGGAAAAACUGGCAAUGAUUUGUUUGCACUGGCAGCAUGGAAUAGCAGCAAUGGAACUGUGAAUGGCUUUGGUGAAACCCUGCAGGAUGAAGCUGCUUUCUCUGAGAGCUCCGUGCUGGUGAAUAAUUCAACGGGCCGAGAAGCUCCAGUGCAGCAAGCUGAGAUAACACACGAGCGAGAAAUGGAAAAUAAAGACAACGAAGAGGUUCAGUGGAGCAAAAGAACUCUUCAGGUGUUAAAAACCUUACAGCACCUGAACAAAUCUGGAGUGAAUUCCUUCAGCUUCCGGGAGAUCUGUCAGAAGAAUAACCGGAAAGAAGUGGCAGUGAAGUUUUACAUCUUCCUUGUCCUGCAGAAGCAGAUGGUCGUUGAGUUGGUUCAGCGCGCUCCCUUUGCAGACAUCACAGCCGCCGCCGGCCGAAUGUUCAGCGCUCACUGAAAUCCCCCAGCAGCCAGAUAAGCUCAGCCAAACGCCGUUCUGUUCUCUUUUCCCUGCACAGAAAUGGAACUCUCAUCAAACCACGGCGGACUGAGCAGAGUUCUUUCAUCCCUGCGCCCUCUCAGAACCGCACGGCCACCAAUUGGUGCCGCUGUGUGGCUGCGGUGUUGCUGAGCAAGCUGUUCACUGCUGUGCUCAGUUUCAAUGUAGGUAUGUUUAUAAAAAGCUGUUACUCACCCUGUUGAUAAUAGGCAGCUCAAAUUCAUGCUCCCCCUCAGACAUUUGCAGCAUGAGGGGCUUGAUGAAAGCUCUUCUUUCUUAGAGUCCAGUGUUGGAAAUUAGGUUAUUUUCGGCUUGUGUGUUAAUUAGGUAUUGUGGUGAGAGAAGGGAAGUCCUUUAAGCUGUCUUUGAAUUCAUUCAAAAUUAUUUAUUUCAAAGAAUGUUCAAUGCUUGUCGUGUUCAGCUCUAACAAGCAACUGCCUGCAGCACUGCUGUUGUGUGUUGAGAUGGAAACUUCUGCUGUCCUUGAGGUCAGGAGGAAAUCUGCCUUCCAGGAACCCCAGCGCUGUUCCAUUUCGUGGGGCAUUUAUACAAAGACUAACAGCUCCCCUUAAGCAUAGGCCAACAUAAAAACGGUUGUUAGAAAUGUCAGUGAUCCUUUGUACAUUUAUCUGAUUUAUUUAAGGCCUCUACUGCCAUUCUGUUGGUAAUUCCCACGUGCUGAAAGCGUGGCUGUGUGCAUUUGGUGCUCCAGGACAUCCCAGUGCUCUGGCUGUGCUGACACCUCUUUCUAUGGAAUCAAUAAAAGUCUGACCAUGA